AUGGUUGCUGAGCGAAGCUGGAGGAUUAUGCCUUCUCGGGAAACGAUCGGAAUGAGGAUGCUUUCCGGCAGUAAGGUAAGCAAUCGCCGACUAUAUUGCUUCAUUAACGCCUUAGACGAGUCAUCCGAAGACGAUGUUCGAAAAAUGGUUAGCUUCUUUGAGGAAAUGUGCGCUCAAGACAGGUCAAGCGAACUCCGCAUUUGCUUUGCGAGCCGUCAUUACCCAGAGAUCAGCAUCAAGACAGGUCUCCAGCUUGUUUUAGAAAACAAACGAGAACACAGCGAGGACAUCAGCCAUUACAUCAACGCCCACCUCAAGAUUGACACCUCACCACAAGCCAAAGAGAUCAGAGCCGAAGUCGUGGUCAAGUGGUCAUACAUUUUUCUCUGGGUUGCUCUCGUAGUCCCUAUCCUAAACAUGGGGUAUGAUCGUGGACGGAUGGAAGCACUCCAGUCCCGAUUGAGCGAGAUCCCCUCGGGUCUAGAUAACUUAUUCCUCGUCGACAUUCUGACAAGGGACUGCGAUAACUUGGUAGAGCUAUUGCUCUGCAUCCAGUGCGUUCUGUUUGCGAAACGGCCGCUUUCACCCGUGGAAUUAUACGCCGCGUUGCGUACCCUCAGCCUGGCUACAAUAACCAGUCCAAAAGAGCUUACGGUUUAG